GCCUGUGAUAUAACCGCAUACCGUCUGAACAAUGAUAAACUACUCGCGUGGCUGGCGAAAAAGGUAAGCACUACUAACAAGCUCUCAACCUUUACACUUCCGUCGCCUCUUGGAUUCAUGUGUACUAAGAUUGUACUGGGGUAUUUGGGCUAG